ACCUUGCUGAAGUGCGCACUUCCCCUCGUCCAUGGGACCCAAAGUUGGAGCUGGAUGGGCUCGCCAUUCCUUACACUGCUUCGGUCCGAGAGUAUAAUCGUGGCCGGGCAGGGUACGUGGCGGAGGCCUUAGAGCAGCCCCUACUUCUUCCUCGGGACAUGGAGGCCUACAGGCGGUGCACUCAGUCCGAGCUCUUCCUAUCCCUUAAAAGGGAUCUCGCGCUGAUUACUCAGCAGGUCUUCGUGGCUGAGGAGUUUUGCCGUAAUAGCCGCAAUCUGGCUGAGGCUGAGACCCAGGCUCGGACAGAGGUGGAGAAAGCCUUGGGGUCCCUCAAGCAUGAUCACAUUAAACUCACGGCUGAGUUCAAGGAUUCGGAGAACCGACGUAAAAGUGCAGAGGCUGGCUUGAAGAGUGCCGAGGAUCAGGCGGAGGACCAGCGCAAACAACUGUACACGGCUCAGCUUAAUCUUAACACCGAGAGGCAGGCAGUGCAGGACCUCAAAAAUGCCCUGCAAAAAGUAGAGGAUGAGCUGAGGCGGGUAAAGGAGGAUGCUCAGCUGAUCCGAGAGGCAAUAGAGGCCGAGAAGGAGGCCGCUCGACAGCUUGGGGCCGAAGAGACGGAGGCCAGGUUAUCUGAGGAGAUUCCCGAGGAGUUCCUGCGAAUUCGGCACUAA